UGACAGCAUUUCCCUGCUGUGAGCGGGGCCUUCAUGGAUUCUCCGUACAAUGGCAACACGUCCCUGCAGACGUCUACCUCCAACCUCAACGCCAGCUACUCUCGACCCUCAGAAGCAGAGGAUGACGGGAAAGUGUCCAGCGACACCAUUUGGCUCUGGAUCGCCGUGCUGGCAACUAUCGGCAACAUAGUGGUGGUGGCCGUGGUUUGUGCCUGUGCCUUCUGACAGCAUGGGAGAGCAGAGCAGAAAUACUGCUGCUGUGUUGGAACAUUGGAAACCUUUAAAUGUAUAUCCUCGGAAAUGAUGUAAUAUAGCCUUAAACUGGAUUUAAACUGAUGACCAUGGAUUUUUUAAAGGUCACGCUUAUGAUACAAAUAUUCAACUUGAAUUUCAAAAGAGGACACAAAACACAUUUAUUUAUUCA